GAGAUUGGCAGGUCCGGAGUCCCGCCUCUUCCGGUUCCCAGGCCUGACCUUCCUGCCGCUGGGCCGUGCGCCGAGCCGACAUUGAGGCGUCCCCGUGAUUCGACCCCACGCGCCCACCCUUGCGACAUCAUGGUGGCCUACUGGCGACAGGCUGGACUCAGCUACAUCCGGUACUCCCAGAUCUGUGCAAAAGCAGUGAGAGAUGCACUGAAGGCCGAGUUCAAAGCAAAUGCUGAGAAGACUUCUGGCAGCACCGUAAAAAUUGUGAAACUGAAAAAAGAGUAAUCUAGAGUACUUGGUGCGACUUAGAAGAGAAGUUCCUGUUCAGCUAAGGCCGGGCACGUGAACCAGCAGUUUUUACAGCCAAGAGUCAAAGGUCAAACAUGAACCAUGUGAAGUGAGGCCAGAGUUAGAUUACACAGUUAGUGCAGGGGAGUCAUUGCCAUGUUCAUGUUGGAUUUUUAAGAAAACACAAAGGACUAGCAAUUGUUGAAUUUUCUUUCCUCCUAGACCCUGGGUAAAGCUUGAAAUGCUACAUUUUCCAAGGUGAAGAUGCGUGGGUCCAGGUUACGACAGAUUGAAAACGAUCUCCCUGCAUG